AGUAAAGAUGUUAGUUACAUUAUUCCUCGUAAUUAUUUGACCUUAAUAAAGUGAAACAUUCAAGAAAUAAAAUUUUGUUGAAAUUUUGGAAAAAUUUUCAUAUUUGGAUUUCAAAAUCAUUUAUCACCAAGAGUGCGAAAAAAAUAAUUGAAAAACGACUAAGAAAUUUAUUGAAAUGGGUUCGGAGUCGGAAAUCUUACGCAAUGUGUCAAUAUCCCAAUUUUACAGCGGGAAAAGCAUUCUCGUUACGGGUGCGACAGGUUUUAUGGGAAAAGUGAUAGUGGAAAAACUUCUCAGAGAUUGCGGCGAUUUAAAACGGAUUUAUAUUCUGAUUCGCAUGAAACGCGGAGUUGAUUCAUUCCGUCGCUAUCAAGACUAUGUGGAAGAUACUAUAUUCAAAAAAAUUCGAGAAAUUGCACCAGAACGAUUAAAGAAAAUUAGUCUCAUCAAGGGCGAUACAUCGCAAGAAAAUUUAGCAAUUGAUCCUUCAGAUGAAGAAGAGUUAAUUGAAAAUUUAAACAUUAUUUUCCAUUGUGCUGCAAAAGCUAAAUUUUCAUUGCCAUUGAGAGAAGCUCUGAGCUUUAACACUGUUGGAACAUUGAGAGUUCUUCAACUUGCGACGAAAAUUAAAAAUCUUCUUGUUUUCUCACAUGUUUCUACGUCAUACUGUUGUCCAAAUCAGAGAAUUUUGGAAGAGCGCUACCAGCCAGCAUGCGAAGACCCAUACAAAGUUAUAAAAUUAUUACAAUCCUCUCGCGAGAGUGACUUAGAUGAAAUCGAACCCAGAAUUAUGAAAGGUUACCCGAACACUUACGCGUUAUCGAAGAUAUUUGCUGAGGAUUUGGCUCAUUCAUUCAGAGAUCGCAUAAAAAUUGUUAUCACACGACCAUCGAUUGUUACAUCGGCAUGGAAAGAACCAUAUCCGGGAUGGGUUGAAAGUCAUAAAAGUGGUUUAACUGGAUGCUUAAUGGCAUUCGGUCGUGGAGUUUUAAGGACUGUUUAUGCAGACCCGAACAAAAUGAUUGAAUUAAUUCCCGUUGAUUUAGCGGAUAAUGCGAUCAUUGCACUUACUUGUAAACGUGCAUUAAUGGAAGGAAACGAUAUUCUUUAUGCAAACAUAAACACAAUUGGAUUACAAUCAUGGACUAUGAAGAAAUAUUUUGAAUACGAACUGAAAUUAUCAAGAAAGUUUCCACUUGAUCUGAUGGUUUGGUAUCCUUACUUGGUAGUUACAAAGAAUUGGUUUUACUAUCAGUUCAGACGAGUUUGCUACCAUUAUGUUCCAGCAUAUUUCGGUGAUUUCUUCUGUCGACUUGCUGGUGAAAAAGCAUUACUCGUUAUCUAUCAAAGGAAAUUUGACACAGCAAUGAAAACACUUCGCUUCUAUAACACAAGAGAUUUCUUUUGGCAAAAUGACCAAUUUAAAAAUCUCCAUAAAGAGUUAAGCGAGAAGGAUAAAGAAAUAUUUUAUUGUAAUUUUGAAGAGGUCGAAAUGGAGCAAUGUGUAAAAAAUAAUGUUAUGGGUGUCAGAAAAUUUUUACUUAAGCUUAAUGAUGAAGAUUCUCUUGCAUUUAGAAGAGGCGUACUACAAGUAUUUGGACUUGGUAAUACGCUUGUUCUACUACGUAUUCCUAUUCAUGGUUGGACUGCUCCUCUUCGUUUUUAUAGUUGACAGAGAAUUCUUUUUAAGUACAGUUGUCGAUACUUAUAAAGGCAUAAUGUUCAUCAUAAGAAAUAAACUUCUAUUGCGAGAAGAUUUGCUUGCGAAAUGUUAUAGCAGCUGAACAAAGGCGAAAAAGUUGAUCAUCUUGGAAAAUCUCUGAAACUUUUAUACUCAUUGGUAAAAAAAUUAUUAAAUAGAUUUAAGCCAGCUUUAAAGUUUUUGAAUUGAAUGUUUAUGAUCGAGAGUCAAAAAUCAAAAUGUUAUCAGGAAUUCUGGUCGUGGUUUACACUUUUUUAAAUUGUCAACAAAAUUAAACCAAAGCCAUCGAAUUUUUCUUCAAAAUUAUGAGUUUAUACCAAUAAAUGUGCAAAUAAAAGCG